CUCUCCAGUUCUCUCCGCUGCCAGGAGUCUCUUUACAACAAACCGGGAAUCGAGCGGGAACCUGGUUAUUUUGGCCCGAGAGUAGGAGGAAAACCUGAGCACGUCGAAGGAUAUUCGUAAUUAAACCUGCUGCUUGGUUAAGAGUUCCUGUUUUGUUUUCUCUGUUCGCUGACUUCCCCUGUUGGUCUGCGUGUUUCCCUGCCAUGCGUCCAGUCUUCUACGGUUGGACUUAAUGCUUUUAAACACUGAGCGUGAUGUUUGUGGAGCUUUCAGCUGGGAUGUAGCGGAGGGCAGACCCACCUAAAGUCACUCCACGGGAAUACAGAGACGCUUUGUUUUUAAAGAGCUGCUUCUUAAAGUCUUCUGUUUUCUUGUGGGGUGUUUUUCUUGUUUCUUUUUAAACCGGUUGCCUUAUCAUGACCCUCAUCUGGAGGUCAUAGCCGACCCGUCGUCCUCUCUCCCCUGCACAUCGCUGCCCCUCUCCCCAAUGAUGACUAUGAGCUCCAUAUCAGACACUUUAGUAACGUCCGAUCCGUCCAAAUCUGCGUUUUUGGAGUUCGGUGGACACAGCUACCCUGGACACCCUGGACAUCAACAACCUUCGCCAGGCUUAUCCCACAACCAUUAUCCGGUUCACGGACUGCACGCUGUCGGACCCUCGCAGCACGAUGGGCCCUUCUCCUCCGGGGCUUCCUCUUACGGUCGCCCGCUGGGAUACCCACCCUACCACAGUCCAGUGAGCGCGCAUCACCCCGGUGCCUACCUGCCUUAUCAGCACGGUGGUCACAGCGGCGCGCUCGGACACACCAGACUGGACGAUGCGGAGCAUGAGAAGCCCACAGCGGUGAUAGAAAAUGGAGAAGUGAGGCUCAAUGGAAAAGGGAAAAAGAUCAGGAAGCCUCGGACCAUCUACUCCAGCCUGCAGCUACAGGCUCUCAACCAGCGCUUCCAGCAAACCCAGUACCUCGCCCUGCCCGAGAGGGCCGACCUGGCCGCCAAACUGGGCCUCACGCAGACACAGGUGAAAAUAUGGUUCCAAAAUAAACGAUCUAAAUACAAGAAGAUCAUGAAGAAUGGGCCCUGUGGACCCGAGGGAGAACACCUUGCCCCUCCACCACCAGCCUCCUCCUCGCCGUGUUCCUUGUGGGAUAUCAGCAUGGCUGCCAAAGGUGCACCGGUGCACUCAGGAGGAUAUGUGAACAAUUUUGGACACUGGUAUCCCGGACACCAGCAGGAACCCAUGCCAAGAACUCAGAUGAUGUGACAGACGGGGAGAUGCGACGCUUCCGGGACAAAUUGCGGAAUUAUUCCGGCAGGCUGAACUGAAGCUCUAAGAGACAAGGACAUUUUUUAGAGUCUGAGCCACUCUGGAGGCAAAAAUAUAAGCAGCAGCUAUGCAAUAAAACUAAAGUGGACAGAUAUAGGGGAAACUGCUAAAAUAGCUGUAAAAUACACAAUAUUAUAACAGAAAGAAAUACUACAAUCAGUACAAUUUUCACACGAGCUGAAUUUACUAUUAGCUGUUAGCGGUGUGUUGAUGAUGUCUGAUAAGCCUUGGAAUAAGGGAUCGACAAAGUGGCUCAGGUCUCAUUUGUAAAAUAUAACUAGCGAGAUAUGAAUAUUGAUAAACUUCUCCCAGACUCAGCUUUGAGGAGUGAAUCAUCAGAUCUACCAGGCUGAGCAGUAAGUGUUCGGUACUUACACAAAGCCAUAGCACUGUGUAUACCUGUUUGAAGUAUUUCACUGUCAUGUUUUUGGUGUUUACUUUGCCAGUUGCCUAAUAUCAAACUGCGCGUAUCCGACUCCAAUUUAAAGCGAGACUGGAUUUGUACUGGUGACCACGGGUCCAGGAAGUCUCAGUUACAGUAUAAAUAUGGUAAAUGUCAAAUGUAGCUUUACAGUAGCAGUAGAACUCAGCUUUUCAUUUGUAUGAGGAGGAAUUUAGCUUUAAAUAUAUUUUUUUAAAAAUAACCUUACCUAAGUUAAAAAAAAAAAAAAAAAA